AUGCGCAGCCAGUUUGUGCCUCUGACCACCAUGGUGCUGCCUAGAAAAGCCCUGCCGACAGCGAAGCCGAAGGCCGCUUCAGCAGGCGCUGCUGCUGCGUCCCAGUCGCAGCCAUUGACAAGCGCCUCUCCGCCGGUAGAAGUGAUCAACAUAGAGGAUAAUAAGGAGGAAAAUCGAGCAGAGAAAGAGGGGAACAGCAUCAGUAGCCAAGGUGACAGCCGGAAGCGCAGCCGAGACACCAGACCUACACGUGAUAAUGGAGCCACAAAGGUUAAGCGGCCGGCUUCCCUACUCGGCUUACGCGAAGAGCCAACACCUGAUCCAUCCUCAGUUAUUCGUAGCUCCGUGAUAGAGCUCAGCCCAGUCCUCGCUGCGGACCCGACUCCCGUUUCUUUCCUCACUUGGAACGCCAAUGGUCUCAUGCCUCGGGUCCGCGCCUCCCAGUGGGUGCAGUUUGCAAAAUAUGCGAAUGAAGUCAAGCCGGACGUUAUCUGCCUGCAAGAAAUAAGGCUUCCGGCAAUGGGACCUGCAGGGUGCCGCAAGGGCGAUGGGAAGCCCAGGGAUAGAGGGGCUGUCCGAGUCGAGCCCGCAGCGUCUGCGUCAGCGGCGGAAAAGAGGGAAACACAGGCAGUUGGCUCUUGUCUGCGCGAGGCCUUGGCUGCUUUCCCUGACUACAACGUAUUGAUGUCGCUGGCGGACUGGAAAUACAGUGGGCAGUUCUUGCUACUCAGACGGCACCUCAAGGUGGCUGCACUUCGGUUCAAUUUGGACGAAGAGGACCCAGACAUCCACCACGCAGAAGGAAGAGUCAUCAUUGCUGAUUUCGGCCGUCUCGCGUUCCUCACCACAUAUUCUCCAAAUAAUGGAUGGACCCAAACUAGCUUUCAAAGACGGAGACAGUGGGAUGAUGCGCUGCUUAAGUUUAUGGAGCGGCAGAAGAAGCCGCUUAUCUGGAUGGGCGACAUAAAUUGCGCACCGUCAGACGCGGAUCUUUCGCAUCCGAAGGUAUUCAGAAGUGCACAUCAGCCCGACCCAAAUUUGAAACCGGAGGAUGUGGGGCAGCCAGGAUGCACAGACGCAGAACGGCACAGGUUGGAGGGCAUACUGCGUGCAGGACAACGCAACCCCAGAACCACCCCACCACCUGUUCAGCACGCGGCCUACACGUGGAGAGGAUACAGCGAAGACUGGAGCCCUUCGAGUGCACGCGCCAUGCGCCUUGACCACGCGUUUGCCAGCGAGGAGCUGCUGCCUUGCGUCACUUCUAUUGAAAUCGUCGGCAAAGCUUUCCCAAGGCUGCUUUGCUUCUGCGACAGUCAUCGUUUUAGGGGCACAGGGAGCUGA